CAGCUGUGGCCCUAGGCGCCCAGGCAGGGUGGCGGUGGCCAUUGGCGGAGAGGAGGGCGGGGCGGGGUCGCCCGGAGCGGCUACACUAGGCCGCUCCAGUGGAGGUGAGCAGUUGGCCUGGGAGGCACUGCGCGUGCAAGCAGCAGCGAUCAGGCUUGCUGCAACGAUCUGGCUGGGCCCUGGAAAGCAGAGUGUGCAGCAGCGAUCCGGCUUGGCCAUGGCAGCGGCGCCUCUGAAAGUGUGCAUCGUGGGCUCAGGGAACUGGGGAUCAGCUGUUGCAAAAAUCAUUGGAAAUAAUGUAAAGAACCUGCAGAAGUUCGCCUCCACGGUCAAGAUGUGGGUCUUCGAGGAAACCGUUAACGGGAGGAAGCUGACAGACAUCAUCAACAAUGACCACGAAAAUGUGAAAUAUCUCCCUGGACACAAGCUGCCAGAAAACGUGGUCGCUGUCCCGAAUCUCAGCGAGGCUGUGCAGGAUGCGGACCUGCUGGUGUUUGUCAUCCCCCACCAGUUCAUCCACAAGAUCUGCGAUGAGAUCACGGGCAAGGUGCCCAAGAAGGCCCUGGGCAUCACGCUCAUCAAGGGCAUAGAUGAGGGCCCCGAAGGGCUGAAGCUCAUCUCCGACAUCAUCAGAGAGAAGAUGGGCAUUGACAUCAGCGUGCUGAUGGGGGCCAACAUUGCCAGUGAGGUGGCUGCGGGGAAGUUCUGUGAGACCACCAUUGGUGAGGCUGCCGAGGGCCCUAGCACCGGUUCUACACAGUUAUUGCAAAAAUUGAUGCAAACUCCAAAUCUUUCUGUUACAGUUAUGAAGUACCCUGGUUCAGCCCCUCCUCUGUGGUCUCUGCAGAACAUAGUUGCUGUGGGAGCUGGCUUCUGCGAUGGCCUCCGCUGUGGGGACAACACCAAGGCAGCCGUCAUCCGUCUGGGACUCAUGGAAAUGAUCGCUUUUGCCAAGAUCUUUUGCAAAGGCCAGGUGUCCACAGCCACCUUCCUGGAGAGCUGUGGGGUGGCUGACCUCAUCACCACUUGCUAUGGAGGGCGGAACCGCAAGGUGGCAGAAGCCUUCGCCAGGACUGGGAAGACCAUUGAAGAACUGGAGAAGGAGAUGCUGAACGGGCAGAAGCUCCAGGGCCCUCAGACCUCUGCUGAGGUGUACCGCAUCCUCAAGCAGAAGGGGCUACUGGACAAGUUUCCUCUCUUCACGGCGGUGUACCAGAUCUGCUAUGAAGGCAAGCCUGUCACAGAGAUGCUAUCUUGCCUGCAGAGCCACCCAGAGCACAUCUGAAGGAAGUCAGGCAGCCAGCAGGGAGCAGUCUCGUCUGUGGUCACCCAGGAAACCAGGGCUUGGCAGUGAGAUCCCUGCUGAACUGUGCUGUGAUCUGAACACUUACAGAUUGUCACAGCUUCGAUCCCAUGCUGGGAGAAGCACUUCCCUGUCUAAGAGGUGUGCGUACGUGCGUGCAUGCGUGUGCGUGCGUGCAUGUGUGUGUGUGUAUGUAUGUGUGUGUGUGAAAGUGUGCUCCUUUCUCAUUCUGUGGGUGUGACUCUAAACCCAAAUCAGGUGUCUAUUUUAAUGAUCACAUUUGAAAUCUCCCUGCCAGGCAGGGCAGCUUGUGAGAUUGGAACUAACUCAGCUAAACAUUAUGGAUUGUAUGGAUGUGACUCACUUAUAUGUGAGUAGAAGGUAGAAUUGGUUUUUUUCUGAUACAGCUAUCCAGUGAACUCCUUGGAUUGUGGGUUGAUCGCUUAACAAUCAGGUGUUUUAAUUAGAUAGUCCACUUACACAUUUCUCCGCGAUAAAGAUGCCACAUUUCUUGCCUCUUUCCUCAUCGCUAGCUGCCAGAAUGGGCUUUUGCCCAGCAAUGGCGGAGGGAGGAGACAUCCCUGCAGUGGCUGACAUUCUUCUGGGGACAGACACUUUACCAUGCUCUUCGUUGGGUGGGCUUUUCUGCACCUGUGUCCCCUCAGUUCAUGAAGGGGCUGUUGUCACUCUCUCCUCAUGUUAGAAGCUACAGUUGUCCCUGGUCACCCAGCGACGUAGACAGGAGCCUAUCCACACUCGUCCAUCCCUCCAGGACGGGACCUGCUAGGAUGUCACUGGGCCUCUUUGACCUUUAGCUAAUUGUUUAUAGGAAUGCUAUGUGCAGCCCUUCCUGAGGCCACAGGAGGGCUUGCUGCCUUGGAGAUUUGUAGGGCAGAGUGUCUUGGGGAAGGUCACUUCUCCAAGUGAUGUCCCCAAUCCAGCAGGGUCAUUGUACUCUUAAGAAAGUGGGUUCCCAGGCCUCAAGAAUGGCUGUGUUUCAACAUGCCUUCCAUGUGUUUCUGAUGCUCACUACAGUUGAGAGCCACCACGUUAGAGAAUAUACCUUAGUGUGGUUUUCACUGCACAGUGUUCUCUAGAGCACAUGUCCAGAGGUCUCCUGGCUAUUCCAGGUGGCCCCUGGGAUGGCCAUGUGAGUUUGGGAAUGGUUGCCUCUGCACAUUUUCCUGGGUGUAGGCUGGGUGCCAACACCUCCACAGACCCUGCUAAGCUAACAAGUCCCCAACACGGGGACCAGAAUAUCAGCCAAAAUAUCUAGAGAAGACUGUUAUAGGGUGAGGUGGCCCUCGCUCCCUCAGUAAAUUAGGAUGGCUAACUACCUGUGAGAGUUUGUUCUAUGUAGCCUGGGCUGGUCUUGAACUUGUCAGCUUCUUGCCUCUGUCUCCUGGGUAGCUGGGAUUGCCAUCCCCAGCUGGGAUAGCAGUUUCUAGACUUUCUGGACCCCUGAGGAAGCUUCCAGGUGACAGGGUCACCAGGUGACAGGGUCGCGAGCAGACAAGCUGAGGUCAGCCUCACUGAGACGCACACGAUAUGGAGUAAGUGCUUUGGAUUCUGAAUCAGAAUGUGAAUGAUCAUAUCUUUAUUUAAAAGUUGGGCAUCCCAUGAGGGUGAACGAAUGAAUGUCAUACAGUCAUGUGCUUCUAACUUCUGAGAUUCUCCACUUCCUCCCCCUCAUCCUGGGUUUGGUAUCCCCACCCCACCCCAGUCAACACCCCUUAUCUAACUGAAAUGAUUGUAAAAAUAAGUUUUUAUGGGAAUUUUUAAACUAUCCAAAAAGACUUUUGGAGCACUGUAGAGUCCCGUACCUAAAAGCCUAUGGAAGCGCACAGCUCAAAGUUUCAGUUUCCUUGUCUCCUAAUGAAUCUUUUUAAAACUUUGUACAUAGGUAACAAAGAGUUACUUUUUAAGAUAUCCAAAGGGCUGUAAGCUACUGCGAUGUCUACAAAGUAGGACAGUGAGGAAUUGGUAACUUCUUGUGUUCUGCAUCCUCAUGGACAUCCUCAUCUGGCACUCAGUUUCUCUCUAGGCCUCAUCCUUCCAGGCGCUUCCUCCUUUCCCUCAUGAAUACCCCUCACUGACCUGAAGUCAGCUGAUGUGCUCAUCGUAACCCACACAGAUGGAAACAGAUACCGUUCUUAAGUGUGUGUUCCGAUCGCCAGAAGCAUCGCUCUGUGCAUUACCUAUUUCUGUAACCACUGCUGACUGAUGUUUCUCAUGAGCUGUGGCAGGAGGAACAGAGAUACCCAGACAGAUACUAUAUCUGUGAAUGUAAAAUGAAAAUAUUGCCUUGUUCCUCUCUUCCCCACAGCACUUGGGGACAAAUCUGUCUGGGAAGCCAGCCUUCUGGCGUUUUAAGACCUGGCCUAAGGAGGGUGCUGAGGGGAGAGAGACACAAUUGUUUCUCUGCCAGCUCUGCUUGACGAGCCUCUUACUUCCAUAUGUUUUGUGUAUGCACAGCUAUGGACUGUAGGUGGGUGCAUAAUUUAAAGGCUUGGUUUAAUAAACACAACCGAUCAAACCUGUA